CAUGGGCUGCUUACCAAUCUUCUAUCAGCUUCUCUGCCUUCUAUUCUUUUGCUUGAGUUCUCAGCCUACUCUCUCAUCCUCUUCAUUUGCCCCUUCAGCAACCCGCCUAUGCUCUCACAACGAGGCUUUUGCUUUGAUGAAAUUUAAAAGCUCCUUUUCCAUCAAACAAACUGCUUCUUGGGAAUGCAAAGAUACUAGCACCCCAUCUUAUCCCAAGACUGAUUCAUGGAAGGAAGGGAUUGAUUGCUGCUCAUGGGAUGGAGUCACUUGCGACAAUAUAACAGGCUAUGUGAUUGGCCUUGACCUCAGUUGCAGUUGGUUAUAUGGUGUCAUUCCUUCCAAAAGCAGUCUUUUCCAUCUUCCACACCUGCAGAACCUUAACCUCGCACAUAACCAUUUUAACUUUUCCAAGAUGUCAUCUGAGUUUGCUCAGUUUACAAGUCUAACGCAACUCAACCUCACGGAGUCAGUCUUCGCAGGACAAAUUCCACUCCAAAUCUCCCACUUGUCAAAGUUGGUUUCACUUGAUCUCUCUUGGAAUGAUUAUCGAACACUUGAUGAACGUACUUUGGGAGGACUUGUUCAGAACCUAACAGAGGUGAGACAACUGUUUCUUGAUGGAAUCAACAUGUCUUCUAUUAAUCCUAAUGUCUUGAUGAAUAUAUCCUUUUCUUUAAGCUCUCUUAGUCUUGAAGAUUGUGAUUUGCAAGGAAAAUUCCCAGAAUACAUUUUUCACCUGCCAAACCUCAAGUUGCUAGAUUUAGGACACAAUCAAGAACUCAAUAUCUAUCUUCCAAAGUUCAACCAGAGCAACCAUCUUGAGCUAUUAGAUCUAAGUCAUGCGAAUCUCUCUGGACCAUUGCCUAAUUUCAUUGGCAAUUUAGUUUCAUUGAAACAUUUGGAUCUAAGUUUUUUGAAUCUCUCUGGAGCAUUGCUUAAUUCCAUCGGCAAUUUAGUUUCUUUGGAAUAUUUGGAUCUAAGUUUUACUAAUCUCUCUGGAGCAUUGCCUAAUCCCAUCCACAAUCUACGAAGUUUGAAGUAUUUGUCUUUAUCAGGGGCUCCUCUAUGUCCGGGUUCACUUAACUUAAUUCGUAACCUAGUUUCCUUGGAGGAAUUGCAUCUCAAAGCAUGUAACAUUUCAAGAAUAAUGUUGACAUCAUUGGGGAAUUAUUUUAGUGGACAAAUUCCAUCCUCACUCACAAACCUAUCUCAACUUAAAUUGUUGGACAUCUCUCACAAUCAACUAGAAGGUUCCAUUCCAAACGAGGUAACUACUUUUCCUAAUCUCAUCACUCUAGACUUAUCUUUUAAUUUUCUCAACGGUACACUUCCAUCUUCAAUAUCUCAACUUGUGAACCUUACUUUGCUUGAUUUAUCAUCAAAUAAUCUUAGUGGAAUUGUAGAAUCUGACUUGUUUUCAAAACACCAAAAACUCCAGCUCCUUCAGCUUUCAUAUAACAAUCUAUACUUCAACUCUAAUCAUACCAGUGCUAAUUAUACAUUACCCAAUCUUCAAUCUUUGUAUUUGUCAACUUGCAAUGUCAAUCAAUUCCCCCAAUUUUUAAGAGGCUCAAAAGUUUUGGAGGGUUUAGACCUUUCCAAUAAUAGAAUUUACGGCAAGAUUCCCAAAUGGAUGUGGGAUGUUGGGAAAGACUCUUUGUUUUACUUAAAUCUAUCUCACAACUUUAUGACAGAAUUAGAGCAGUUUCCAUGGAAGAAUAUUGAAAUUCUUGAUCUCAGUUCGAAUUUGAUUCAAGGAGAUCUUCUAAUUCCACCUUUGACAACAUCUACUUUUUUGAUCUCAAAUAACAAUUUGAAUGGAGAGAUGUCUGAUCUCAUAUGCAAUGGACGAACAAACUUCAUGGAACCAUUCCUGCAACAUUUGCAAAGGGAUGUCAAUUGGAGAAUCUUAAUUUGAAUGCUAAUCAAUUGGAAGGGCCUUUGACACGAUCCAUCCUUAA